AUGCAGGGUGGUGUGGGUUCUAUGGAUGGAAUUAUUGACACUGUUUCUGCUGAUCAUCCUCUUGUGCCUUUGAUUGCUCUGUUAAAGCCUAAUGGUAAACUGGUUUUGGUUGGUGGUCCAACCAAGCCGUAUGAGCUACCUGCUUUUCCUUUGCUUUUUGGUAGGAAGAUGGUGGGAGGAAGUUUGAUAGGAGGGAUAAAGGAGACACAAGAGAUGAUUGAAUUUGCAGCAAAACAUAAUAUAACGGCAGCGAUUGAACUCAUUCCCAUUGAAUAUAUCAACACUGCAAUGGAGCGUCUUGCAAAAGCUGAUGUCCGUUAUCGCUUUGUUAUUGAUAUUGGCAACACAUUAAAAGCAGCAUAAUAAUUGUAGUGAUUGUGGUUUGAGUUUUGAGUUUGAGACUUUCGGUCAGUGGUAUAUUAUGACCAUUUUCUAUUUUCUUGUUAUGGAAAUUAUUAAUAUCAGUAAAAUAUUAUAAAUUAUAAAUUAUAAAUUUGUGUGAUAUGUAACAACUAACCCCCAGGUUGUCUCCGGUG